UACACAUUGGAGGGAAGCCAGCAAGGACCCCCACAAACAGCCCAUGUUGAUGUUCGUCAAAGCAAUUUGAAUGACUUGCAGAAAGAAGUUUUGACUUUUGAGAGUGCUACGAUCAUCAAGCUUUCACUGGAGAAACCAUUUACUUCUGCUUUGAGAGCUUGGCUAUCGUUUUCUGAUUAAUUCCUUUACACCAAAAGAGACAAUGCCAGUGGGAGAGCUUUUCCUUGCUGCAUUCCUCGGAAUGCUGUUUAACCUAUUGGCAUCUCCCGAGUUGAUGAACUUUACUCGCCGAGAGGGACUUGGAAAGAAGCUGGACAGGUGGAGCAAAAUGUUGAGGAGAAUUGAGAAAGUCCUUGAUGAUGCGGAUGAGAAACAGCGUACUGAUAGCGCAGUGAAAGACUGGUUGGAUGAUCUCAGAGACUUGGCUUACGAUUUGGAAGACGUACUGGAUGAGUUUGCCACGGAAGCUCUGCGACAGAAAUUGACGUGGCCAGAUCGAGAUCAGGCCAGCACAAGCAAGGUACGGAACCUCAUCCCUGUUUCUUGUACUGGCUUCACUCCAAGUGCUGUUCAGAUCAAGUUUAGGCUGGGGUCAAAGAUUGAGGAAAUCACUACUCGAUUCAACGAGAUGGUGAAGCAAAAAGAUGCUCUGAAAUUGAGUGAAACGGUUGGUAGGAGGAGGUCAUACAGAACAAGGGAAAUACUAGCCCCAACUUCUGUAGUGACCGAAGCUCAUGUUUAUGGCAGGGAAAAAGAUAAAGAGGCUCUACUUGAAUUUUUGGUGGGUGAAAAACGUGGUGAUGCUCAACUCUCUGUGAUUCCUAUACUUGGUAUGGGGGGUAUGGGUAAGACAACUCUUGCCCAGCUUGUGUACAAUGAUGAAAAAGUUCAAAGCUUUUUUGAUUUGAAGGCAUGGGCCUGUGUUUCCGAAGACUUUGAUGCUGUUACGGUGACAAAAACAAUUUUAGAAUCUCUCACUUCUGAAAGAUGUGAUCACAAAGAUCUAAAUUGGUUGCAAGUCAAACUAAAGGAGAAACUGAAGGGGAUGAAGUUUCUAGUGGUUCUGGAUGAUCUUUGGAAUGAGAACUAUCGUGACUGGACUAUCUUACGUGCUCCUUUUGAAGCAGGGGCUCCAGGAAGUACAAUUAUCAUCACAACUCGUAACGAGGAAGUUUCAUCAAAGACGCGUACCGUUCCAGCUUAUCGUUUGAUGGAGUUGUCCAAUGAUGAUUGCUUGUCUAUAUUGGCCCAUCAUGCAUUGGGUACAACAGACUUCCCUGCACAUCUAAACCUCAAAGAUGUUGGCGAAGGAAUCGUUAGAAGGUGCAAAGGCUCUCCUUUGGCAGCGAAAGUACUCGGAGGCGUCUUACGGAAUAAAGUGAAUCAUGAUGAGUGGGAAAAAGUAUUGAAGAGUAAGAUUUGGGAUUUACCAGAAGUGGAAAAUGAAAUUUCUCCAGCUCUUAUGUUGAGCUAUCACCAUCUCCCUUCAAACUUGAAGAGGUGCUUUGCGUAUUGUUCAAUAUUCCCUAAGGACUAUGAAUUUAAGGAAAAUGAGCUGGUUCUAUUAUGGAUAGCAGAAGGUUUUAUUCAGCCACGAGAAGGGGAAGAGCAAAUGGAAGACUUGGGUGGAGAGUAUUUUCGCAAUCUGUUGUCAAGGUCCUUUUUCCAACAAUCAAGCACAGAGAAAUCACAAUUUGUGAUGCAUGACCUCAUCAACGAUUUGGCUCAACAGGUUGCAGGAGAUAUAUGCUUUAAAAUGGAGGAUAGAGUUGGGGGUAAUAAUGGAAAGAAACCAUCUAGAAAGGCUCGACAUUCAUCGUACCUAGGUGACUUUUAUGAUGGCAUUAAAAAGUUUGAGGCUUUUUCUGAACUCAAAUGUGUACGAACCUUCCUUCCUCUUAUGCUUCCAAUUCCAGGCGAAUGUUACUUGACCAGUAAUGUUCUAAAAUUGUUGCCAAAAUUAAGACACUUAAGGGUGCUCUCUUUGAGUGGAUACCACAUAUCCGAGUUACCAGAAUCAAUUGGUGAUCUAAAGCAUCUACGGUUUCUUGACCUUUCUCACACUACAAUCAGAAGCUUGCCUGAAUCAUUAGCCACUCUCUACAAUUUAAAGACAUUGAUAUUGGAGCACUGUCGUUUUCUAAAGAACUUACCUUCAAUGUUUGGAAACCUAGUCAACCUGCGGCAUCUCAACAUUGGAGGGGCUCCAUUGGAAGGAAUGCCUCUGCACAUAGGUAAAUUAACUUGUCUUCAAUCAUUGUCUAAUCUAGUUGUGGGAAAAGGUAGUUGUUCUGGGGUAAAAGAGCUUGGGCCUUUGUUGCAUCUUCGAGAGACACUCUGCAUUUCAAAAUUGGAAAAUGUGAUUAAUCCUAAGGAUGCGAGGGACGCUAGGUUAAUUGAAAAGCACAAUCUCUAUGGGUUGUCAUUGAAAUGGUGUGUCCGCUUUGAUGAGUCACAAGACAGAACAAGUGAAUUGGAGGUACUUGAAAUGCUACAACCUCAUGAGGGUUUGAAAGAGCUCACUCUCUAUAACUAUGGUGGUGCAGAAUUUCCAGUCUGGGUAGGAGGUCCUUUUUCAAAUUUGGUGCUCUUGAGGAUUGAAUACUGUAAAAAGUGCACAUUAUUGCCACCACUCGGACAAUUACCAUCACUUAGAGACCUUUUCAUCCAAGGCAUGGACAGUGUGAAAAAUAUUGGACGUGAGUUUUAUGGGGAUGGUUGCUUACAACCUUUUAGAUCCUUGGAGACUUUGUGUUUCGAUGGUAUGUGGGAAUGGGAGAAUUGGAUUCCAUGUGAGGAACUUCCAAAACUGCGAGUGCUUUCUAUUAGAAGGUGUCCUAAGCUCGUGGGUAAGUUACCAAACCACCUUUCUUCGUUAGAAAAUAUUGUGAUAUAUGGAUGUAGGCAGUUGGUGGUCUCAAUUUCUAGCUUUCCAGAGCUAUGCAAAGUAGAAAUUGAGGGAUCGAAAAGGGAGAUGCGCAAAAGUAAGUUUGACUUCAGCUCAUUAAUGUUCUCUUCUCUUUCAACAAUUUCAGAAUUCACGUGCCAAAUAGAAGGUUUUAUUAUGGAAGGACUGACAAACGUGGAAGAUUUGACUAUUAAAAGUUGUGAGGAGCUUACACCUUUGUGGUCAAAUGACGUGGGAUUACUACAACAUCUCCCAUGUCUUGGUGUUCUGAAGAUUCAUGAUUGUUCCAAACUAGUUUCUUUGGUGGCAAAAGAAGUGGAAGAGCUACAACUUGGUUUGCCAUCCAGACUGAGAGAAAUCGAGAUCAGUAAUUGCAAGGUCCUGGAAUCUUUACCGAAAGCAAUGAUGUACAAUAACAAGUAUCUUGAGAAGAUUUAUAUUGGUGAUUGUACUUCACUGACGUACUUUGCAAUAGGCCAACUACCUCCAACUCUAAAGCGGCUACGGAUAGAAAAUUGCAAGAAUAUGUUGAUUUUGGUGGACAGGGAUGAUAUCAGCAUUUGUGGCAGCAGCAAAUCUCUUCUUGAGAAUUUGGAAAUUAGGGAAUGUCCAUCCCUUAAAUCCUUAACAUCAAGUGGAGAAUUACCUGCGACACUUAAAUGCCUCCAAAUUUGGAAUUGUAAGAAGCUGGAGUCCAUAGCGAAGAGUUUCCAUCACAACUCGUCUCUUGUAGUCAUUUUCAUCUCAUCUUGUGAAAGUCUUAAAUCCUUACCCAUGGGCAUACACAACCUCACCCAUCUACAUCAUAUUUAUAUUGAUGAUUGUCCAACUCUUUCUUUCCCGGAGGGAGGGUUGCUCCCAACCAGCUUGACAUAUCUAACAAUUUUCAAGUGUGAGAAAAUGCAGGCUCUGUCGAAUUGCAUACACAACCUCACAUCUCUUCAAGUGUUGAAAAUACAGGGCUGCCCAGGCAUCGUAGCUUUUCCCACCAACCUAACAUAUCUUUCUAUGACAUUGUUUAAUGAGCCCUUUUUUGAGUGGGAAUUGCACAGGCUUACCUCUCUUAAGCAACUUGAAAUUGAUGGUAGCUCUUCGCCUCUGGUGUCCUUUCCAAUGAUGUUGCCUUCCUCUCUAGCCAGCCUCACCAUUAAACACUUCUCGAAUCUAGAAUACUUGACUUCGAAAGGCUUUCAAUUCCUCGACUCUCUCGAAGAAUUGUUGAUCCUAUGGUGCGAAAAGCUCAAGUCCUUUCCAGAGGAUGGCCUGCCUCCCUCACUCAAGAGUCUUCAUAUCACAAACUGUAAAAAGCUCACGUCCUUUCCCGAGGAUGGCCUCCCUCCCUCACUCCUGCAACUUCAUAUCACCCAUUGUCCUCUAUUGAAAGAACACUGCAAGAAAGAUCAAGGACAGGAGUGGUUCAAGAUAGCCCACAUCCCUUGCGUCAUGAUUGAUCUUAGGUUCAUCUAUGAAACAAAAGAGGACAACCAGUGAAACUCAGCUCAAUUUACAUGCAAGACAAGUGUCAAGAAAUAAAUCCGAAGAUGGUUCAAAAGGCUGGAGCAAAUUGUUGCAACUUUCCAAGUGCUACCUGAAAUGCCCAUGUGGAAAUGUUUUUUAUUCUUCUAUUGCUAAUAUGUUGUUUACUGUCUUUCCUAAAAUGGAUAAAUCUGUGUAGUGUUGUAUAUAAAAGGUGUGCAAAUUUAUUUUGCAAUAUUGGUUGCCAAUUUUAUUCUGUUUUUCUACUCUCU